AUGGACCCGCCGGACCGAACCGUGGAUAGCGGGGGUGGCGCCGUCUUCCAAGGCGACAUUACGGCAGGCAGGGACAUCACCAUCAACCAGAUCAUCGAGAUACGACAAGUCAGUGAGCGGUUGAGCAGCCGAUGUAGAGAAGCAAACAACUCCCAUACGCUGCUUGGUAGCCUAGAGGCUCUGAGUUCAAUCGCGAAAUACACCGAAGAUUAUGCGACAACACUAGACACCGACGUGUUUUCCAGCGAUCUACAGUUUGGAAGAGUUUCCGAAGAAUGCGCUUCAAUAAUAAGGGAGCUUAAACUAUUGGCAGAGCUCCUAGAACAAGGCGAACUUAGCGAAUACCGUGAGAAUAUUGUGGAUCUGCGGUCGAGACUCACAAGCCUGCAAUCGCACCUCAGCGUCGUCAGCAACCGCAAGACCGCAAAAGACUACAAGACUAUCAAGGAGGCGCUGACUCAGUUGAUAAAUAGCCAAAAAAGUACAGACAAAGCUUCUUCUAUCCGCAGCUUCGUCACGGCUCCAUCCAUCCGAAACUUCGUUACGGCCCCGUCCGUUCGCAGCUCACAGGCGGCUCCAUCAAUGCGCAGCUUCGAUACGGCUCCAGAGAAUCCGUAUGUUGAGCGACACGUCUGGCUGGAGAUAGAAAGAUCCCUCCGCGCAGUAGGCUUUACUACAGAGUUCGUUGGGAAACACCGUGACCUCAUUGUGGCUUCACUAGAAGACGCUUUUCUAGAGAACACUGCUGCUCCGAUCGUAGAAGGCGCCAAGCCCACAGUCUCACCUUCUGAAUACACACCUCCAACAUUACAACUAUCUGAGUCUUACAACAUCGCCAUCACGGAGACGGACGGGGGCGAGGAGAUCAACUAUGGCACAUCGUCACGUUCAGUGCACAAUGGGGAACCUUCAAUAGCAAAGGAAUUGGCGAAUGAAUGGUCAGAAUCAGUGGAGGGUGGAACUGGAGAAUGUCUACUCACCCUCGAUGGUGGUGGAGUGAAAUCGUGGUCAAGUCUCUUGAUCAUUGAGGCACUCAUGAAAGAAAUCAUCGCUUUGGAGGACCGAUUCGAGCGGCAAUUUACACACUAUCCCAGAAGCUUCGAGGCUUCAGAUUUCCGUCUAUGCCAUUACUUCCACAAGAUGUAUGGUACAUCGACAGGAGGGAUAUGCCUGACAUCGCUCUACUCAGAGCGAUUGGACGAGCCAGGUCUCUUGCGCACGUACGACCAUCAUUACGACCCAGAUACUCUUGCGCCAUGGAUUCUCACUUAUAACCAAGUUACUCCUGAGCUGCGCACGUGGCAGGUCGGUCGAGCAACUACUGGCGCACCCAUAUUUCGCAAGCCACUGGAUGUGCUCGGCUCUGAUGGCAACUUAGCAUUGAAAGAGGGUGGCAUGCGGGAGAAAAAUCCCAGCUAUUGUGCUUAUUCCGAAGCCGCCUCGCUUUGGGGCGACGACAGUGAGCCCGCUCUUCUAUUAUCCAUCGGUGCUGGCCGAACCAAUUCCACCUCCAAUGACACAUCUCUCGCUGCGGCAAUAGACAUUUCCAGUCUGUCUUCCCUGAGAAAAUACGCGAAAAGGAAACGCUUGUUCAGAAAUACUCUCGUCAAACCUACGGAAGGCUCAAGUCGGCACAAAACGAUGCGAAUUAUCGCCAAGGGUGAACAGAGAUGGUACAAACGCCUCGAAGUUUCUCACGGAUUAAAAAAUGUGAAAGCUGAUGAAUGGAAACAAAUCCUAGUUCAGGGAAAGGGAAAAGGCCAAGACAAAACCAUUUACUUUAAAGGUAGCAGAACGUUGGAAACAAUACGCACUGCCACCGAAGUAUAUUUAAAUCGCCAGGAAGCCGAUAAAAGUAUCAACGAGUAUGCCGCCCCACAUGAAAUGCUGAAGCAGACCGCGGAGAAGUUGGUUCGCAUGCGGAGAGCGCGAGAGCUCGAGGCCAUGACUCAGGGCGGGGAAAAGCGCGAGCAUUGGGAGGCGUUCAUGGGCAAGCACCUUAUUGGUGAGCGGGAUUUCUUCCGAAAGUACCAAGAGGAGUGGGACUACGCCCUGCUAGGUCGUAAGCAUUGA